AUGGACAUCCUCGUUAUUUGUUCUUAUCACAACAAACUUUAUUUUAAUACAUAUGAAUAUACUUUUCUUACUAAAAGUAAACAUGGGCUUAAUGAAAAUUUUUCAAGGCAAGUUUUCAAGUUACUGAACUUACCGGCCAUUCGAAUUCAGAGAGGUUUUCUUCUUCACAUUCCUUCGUCUCUCGCCGUCGCCGCCACUCACCAUUUCCGUCUCGUGAGCUCACCGUCGCUGCUCCCAAUCGUCGUCUCGCGCGCUCACCGUCGCUGCUCCCAAUCGUCGCAAGCCUCCUUGGCUCAUCAUCGUAGCUCACAUCGUCGUCUCGUCGCUCACCAUCUGUCGAAGAAGGUGCGUGUGGCUAUGAUGAUGAUGAUGAACAACAAUGGCCAAACGAGACAGAGAUGGUAGCUGAAGUGAGACAGAGAAUUUCUAACAUGGCAGGGGUUAGAAAGAGGAAGUUUGAAUUGUGGCAUCUUCCUAUCGAAUUUGUCCUUUAGGGGCUCAUAUUGAUCACCAGUUACUUAAGUAUAUGUCUUUCUAUUAUGACAGUACAAUUUUAACUCAAUGAUUGAUCUUGAACACAAGUUUUAUCAGAAACGUGAUUAAGCAAUGCAUACCAGAGCUGUUUACUUAUUCAAUUUCUUGGCAGCUUUCUCAUGUAAUUUCCCCUGAAAUUCGAAUGAGUUCUAUUCCACUGUUUGAUAAAUGGUCCUUGGGAUUUUAUCUUGUAUGUGUUACUUUUUCAGGAAAUUUUGAAGAGCAAGUUCGGUUCAGGUUUAUCAGUGAUCAUAAAGUCUUGUUGUUUUCUCCUAAGUAUUUUGUUGAAGUUUUCACCCCAUCACUUGUAAAAUUAUCCUGUCAGCUGCAUUCACUCGGAUGUGUGCCACUUCUGUGGAAACAAUUAGUCUUACAACUUGGGCCUAGUGUCAAUUGUGAUACUAACUAGCUCGUUGGCAUUUCAACUGUCAGUUAUGAUCUUGUGUUAUUCUCAUUUUCAUUGUUGUAUCUUUUCUUACCUUCUCUUCCACUUUAUAUUAAAAACCUUGUUUGGCUAGGGAUUUCUAUGUAUAUCCUUGCUGCCUACUCCAAUUAUGCAUUUUUUUUAUUAAUAAUAUGCUGAGUUACUUAUCCAAAAGUGGGGAAAAAAUAAUUUUCUGCAGACUGAACAGAAGCAAUGAGGCUUGGUAUCAAUGGACCUUGGAUCACCAAAUCAUAUCUUGAAAUGAUCCUUCAUAAAAAAAGGCUGGAUUUGCAUGCACUUUGACUUUGUCUUUUUGCACUCUAUGACUUCUCAAUUAAUUGAGUUAUUUUUUAUUGUUUGAUAUUAUUUCUUGUUAUAUAUGCUGAUGACUGCUUCAAUAGGAUGAUUGUUUUGAGGAUGAUGAGCCAAUUGGCUAAGCAUAACUUAACAAAAGUAGAUUAUAUUAAUUAUCAAGAUAAGAAGAAGCUCAAUUUCCUUGAUGAUCUGACUCAUGACCUGAUAUUGUUUUCUUUUUACCAC